AUGGGAAAGGGGCAAAUGGGGAGCACAAACAAUGAUGAAAACGGAGAGAUUGAGAUGUUUGAGAGAGAGGAUGGAGUUGAAGAGAAUGGAGGCGAGCCAGAGGAUUUGAACAGAAUCAUUCCAUGGACAAGACAGAUCACAAUUCGGGGACUUGCAGCUAGCAUAGUCAUAGGCACCAUUUACAGCGUUAUAGUGAUGAAGUUGAACCUCACAACUGGGUUGGUUCCCAAUCUCAAUGUCUCUGCUGCUCUUCUGGCCUUUGUAUUCAUCCGCACAUGGACUAAGCUUCUUCAGAAGGCUGGAAUUGUAUCAACUCCUUUCACAAGGCAGGAAAAUACCAUUAUUCAGACUUGUGCAGUUGCAUGUUAUAGCAUUGCAGUUGGAGGAGGUUUUGGGUCUUAUCUGUUGGGUCUGAACAGGAAGACUUAUGAGCAAGCAGGUGUUGAUACUAAGGGGAACACUCCUGGGAGCACCAAAGAACCUCAGAUUGGUUGGAUGACUGGUUUCCUCUUUGUUAGUAGUUUUGUUGGGCUGCUGGCUUUGGUUCCUCUCAGAAAGAUCAUGAUAAUAGACUAUAAGUUAAGUUACCCAAGUGGAACUGCUACUGCUGUUCUUAUCAACGGGUUCCAUACUCCAAAAGGAGACAAGAUGGCUAAGAAGCAGGUUCACGGGUUCAUGAAAUUCUUCUCAAUGAGUUUCUUGUGGAGUUUCUUUCAGUGGUUCUAUUCUGGAGGAGACCAAUGCGGAUUUGCUCAGUUUCCAACAUUUGGAUUGGCAGCGUGGAAAAACUCAUUUUACUUUGAUUUCAGUAUGACUUACAUAGGAGCGGGAAUGAUCUGUUCGCAUCUUGUGAACUUAUCUUUGCUUCUUGGUGCUGUGCUCUCUUGGGGAAUAAUGUGGCCAUUAAUAAAGGGUCUCAAAGGAGAGUGGUUCCCUGCAACUUUAUCAGAAAGUAGUAUGAAGAGUCUAAACGGUUACAAGGUUUUCAUUUCCAUUGCCCUGAUACUAGGAGAUGGGCUAUACAAUUUUCUCAAGAUACUAUACUUUACUGGCUCAAGCAUCCACACCAAAAUGAACAAGAAGAACCCCAAAACAGUUUCAAAUAACCAGAAUCAGGCUAUUGAUGAUCUUCGACGAAAUGAGGUCUUCAUAAGAGAUAGCAUUCCCAUUUGGGUAGCGUGCCUAGGGUACACCUUGUUCUCCAUCAUCUCCAUCAUAAUUAUCCCGCUCAUGUUCCCUCAACUGAAAUGGUACUAUGUAGUCGUAGCCUAUAUUAUUGCACCCUCUCUAAGCUUCUGCAAUGCUUAUGGUGCGGGUUUAACUGACAUGAACAUGGCCUAUAACUACGGGAAAGUGGCUCUCUUUGUGCUUGCUGCUGUGGCUGGGAAAAAUGAUGGUGUUGUUGCGGGACUUGUGGGAUGUGGUCUGAUCAAAUCCAUAGUUUCUAUCUCUUCUGAUCUGAUGCACGAUUUAAAGACUGGUCAUCUCACGCUUACAUCUCCUCGAUCAAUGCUUUUAAGUCAGGCGAUUGGGACAGCUAUAGGCUGUGUGGUGGCUCCUCUGACAUUCUUUCUCUUCUACAAGGCUUUUAAUGUUGGGGACCCGGAUGGUGAAUACAAAGCUCCUUAUGCCAUCAUUUACAGAAACAUGGCAAUUCUAGGUGUUCAAGGCUUCUCUGCCCUGCCCCAGCAUUGCUUACAGCUGUGUUAUGGUUUUUUUGCAUUUGCCGUAGCAGCUAAUUUGCUGAGAGAUCUUGCUCCUAAGAAAAUUGGUAAAUGGGUUCCACUUCCGAUGGCGAUGGCUGUUCCUUUCCUAGUUGGAGCUUACUUUGCAAUCGAUAUGUGUGUGGGGAGUUUGGCUGUGUUUGUGUGGCACAAACUAAAAAAUAACGAGGCAGGGUUAAUGGUUCCCGCAGUUGCUUCUGGUUUGAUCUGUGGAGAUGGGUUGUGGAUCCUCCCCUCAUCAAUUCUUGCAUUGGCCAAGAUUCGUCCUCCCAUCUGCAUGAACUUCCUCGCAACCAAGUAG